AUGCAUACGUCAUUAUCCAAGCGUCGAUUUGGCGUCCACAUCUGCGUCUUUGUGGAAUCUGUGAAUGUUAGUAAUGGACCGCUUGCCGUUCUCCACGGCCCACCGCCUGCAUGGGAUUUAAACCCGUCGUCAAACCGUCAAUUCAACUUCAAACUGAACAUCAUGUCUGGGUUCACCGCACUUCCGAAGGGCUCGCUCAUCCUCGUCACCGGAGCUAAUGGAUACAUCGGAUCUCACACGAUCAACGUCCUCCUCGGACUCGGGUACCGGGUGCGCGGCACAGUUCGAUCAGAGAAGCCGUGGCUCAGCGAGUUCUUCCACAGCAAAUAUGACAAGGACGCCUUUGAAUUAAUCCUCGUCCCCAAUCUCGAGGACGAGGAGGCUCUCGGCAAGGCCAUGGCUGGUGUAUCUGGUGUCGCACAUGUGGCGUCCGACAUUUCAAUGAGUGAUGACCCUAAAGCCGUCAUCCCCUGGGUCGUAAAGGCGACUGAGACGGCCCUCUCCGCCGCGGCAAAGCACUCGAGCAUCAAGCGCUUCGUCCUCACAUCUUCUGCUUUUGCCGCCGUCAUUCCUCAGCCCAACAAGGAGAUGCACAUUGACGAAAGUACCUGGAACGACUUUGCCAUCAAGGCAGCGUGGGACCCGAACACGCCCAAGGAGAUCAAGCCCGGCGCGAUUUACUCUGCUUCCAAGGCCGAGGGCGAGAGGGCUGCGUGGAAGUAG